GUAAUUAGAUGUAAUCAAAUGGCAAAGUAGUGCAUUCUAACCUAGAUAAAUUGCUGUUUUGAUGUAUUAUUGGACCAGUUGCUCCUGACAAACAUUGUAUAAAAGAAAAGAGAAGAAGAAAUUCUGUGUAGUAGGAAAACAGAAGAUUCGAAACAAAAAAUGGCUUGUAUCCAAGACAGGUUAAAGCUGAAACGUACUACAUGCGACACAUGGAGUACACGAGAACAGUUAUGCCUAGCAUCGAGCGUGUUAAAAUCAGGGGACCAGAACUGGAUGAGUGUGUCUCGGUCCUUAAGACCAUUCGUCGAAAAGGAAGCAUUACGUCCACCAGACUGGUUUUCCCAAAAAUCUUGUGCCAUUCAAUAUGCACAUUUGUUGGAAAACGCGGAUACUCCAAAAAGAAAAAAGAGAGAAACCACUGAAACGGCAGGUGAAACAAUUGUCAGACGACUGACCCAGGAACGAAUAGCAGAGCUGGGGCAGAUUUUAGCGUUCCAAAGGGAUGAGUAUCAACAGCUAAAAAAUGAGGUCAAUCUUCUAAGAUCUGGAUCAAUAACUGAAGAAAAGUUACAAAAAAUGUGGUUAGCCAUUAUGCAGGAAGAACGAGAACAAGAACAGAAAGCUAGAGCUCACUCGGCGUGGCUAGCGAAGCGUCAACAGAAACAAGAGUUGCAGUCUCGACAAGUGAUAAUAGUUGGUUCACAUAGGAAAUAUGGAGGAGAAAGUACUGCCGAUGGUAAAGAGAUUAUGGAUUCACUGAACGAAGACGACGAGGAGAAGAAAAACAAAGGAGGCAGAUCGCCUCUGUUAACGAGUUUACUAAAAUCUCCCAGUCCUACGACCCAGGUCCAAGCUUCCGCAUCAUCCACUCAAGUCGUACCUCCCACGAUAGCUAGUUUAUUAGGGUCUAGUCCUAAAGUCCAAACCUCGCCUAUGACACAUAACGUCUCAUCCCAAUUACAUCAAUUCGUAACAACGUCAUCAAAUGCCCCGAUGGAAAGACCAUCCAUAGGUGCUCCGACUCUGUCCAUGCUGCUAGAAUCACCUUCUAAUGCAGAGAAAAUCUCUGCCGCCAAUUUACAAACAAGCACCAACUUAACACAGCAAAAUCUAGCUGUAGAAAUGCAGGUUCGAUCCCAUGCCAUUCAUACUCCGAAAACCCAAAACAAUGUAGUUCAACCUCCACCGGUUACUAUCGCACCAGCUUCUAUUCCAAUUUCGCAAAGCAUGGUUCAAAUAAUAGACCAUAUAGACGACGUUAUACAUAAAGAUAUAAUGGCAGAUGUAAUAGACAAGGAUGAAAUUAACGAGAUUAUCGGUGACAUAGAAGAAUUGAUCAAAGGUGACAUUAGCAGUAGCACAUCGGAGAGCUUGAGCACUAAUGCUCCUUCGGUUAUAAAAAAUUUAACUACAUCGGAGAUAAACGAAGUUGUGACACAAGAACGACGACAACCCAGAGAUGUAGAUGAAUCCGUGUCUCUGUCGAACUCGCCGCAAAGCGAGAUGGCAAUAGAGGAGAUAGACUCGAGUACGUCGAAUAUUGCUGAAAUUAUCGGCUCGGUAGCUAUUGAACUCAUAGAGCCGAAAGUGGUUAAAGUUGCAAGAGUAGAUGAAGCGAUUGAGAAUGAUGCACCGAAGGAUGUAGCUGAACCAGAUGAAAAUGAUGCUUACAGAGAAAUAACUGCUUUGGAAGAUGCUGUGAUGAAUGAGACUAAAAAUUCUGAAAAUGUCGACAAAGUUGCAGUCGUAGAAGAAAAUUUACAGAUAAGUGUGGACGAAGAAAAAGAUGUAAAAAAAGUUAUUGAUGUACAUUCAGUGACAACCUCAAAUGAUAUUAAGGAAAGUGAUGCGAUAACUUCAGAAAAGGCGGAUGGGGAAAAAAACGAUACAAUAGAGUCACAAGAAGGAAAGGAUUCAGCUGUCUCCGUGAUCGAAAGUGACUCUAUCACCGAAGAGAAAGCUGCUAUGGAGUUGGACCAAUUAGAAAUACAUCUUGCGAAAAUAAUUGGCCAUCAAGAAGAAGUGUCAAAAGCAGAAGUCGAAAAUACAGUUUCUGCACCGAUUAAUGAUAUUCCAAAUGUAGAAGAGGCUGAUAACAAAUCACAAGACAUAAGCUUCAUUUUAGAGGAUGACCAGAAUUCCCGUGGAUCAGUAAGUAAUAAGAAACCAGAAACGAGUUCCAUUGUAGGAGUAAGUAUAAAUCAGGCGAAAGAUUCCGAAGAAACGGAAGACAAUAAAGAUUUAAAUGAAAGAUGUGAAUCAGAAUGCAAAGUAAACGAAAGUGAUACAUUGAAAUUGAAAGAUGAUAACGGAGAAGUACCUGGUAAGAAUGAAAUUGAAGACGCGGAAAAGGAAGAAGAUAGUAAAGACUUUUAUGAUAAUUCAAAUUCCAAUGACGAAAAAGUGUUAGUGGCAGACAAGGAUAUAAGCGAAACGGAAAGGAUCGAAGAAACGCUUACUGAAAUUUGCACAGAAACUCCAGAAGAGGAAUAUCUCAGCGAAGAUUUACAAAAGGAAACUUUUGCAGAGAUUAUGGAAAACAAACCCAUUGCAACUUUAGAGACGUCACCGCUUCCUAAGAUUGACUCGUUGAAAGAAGAAAUAGAAAUUAAAGAGGACAUUGCCCAGCGUGAGUAUGGAACAACGCAGUCAAUGAAAAUUAAGAUCGAUACCGAUGAAAACGAUGCAAAAGAAGUGAAGGAUGGGAAAGAAACAAAGGAAAUAAGUAAAGAGUUUUCGGAAAUCGAUCCAAUUGUUAAAAGAGAACCUGCGGAGUCAAUUGGUAGUACUGGAGAUGAUAUAGGAGAAUUGGAUGAAGAAGAAUCAGGUUUAAGCAAGUUGACGGGAGGACGAGCAAUGAAGACAUAUUCAAAAAAGCAAAAUGUAUCCAUUGAUAGUGAACCGGAGAACGAAGGAAGUGGGGAAGGUGCAGAUUAUAGAGCAUGGAAGAAAGCUGUCAUGUUAGUGUACAACCGACUUGCUACGCAUAAAUAUGCUUCAGUAUUCUUAAGGCCGAUUACCGAGGAUCAGGCUCCUGGUUAUCAUUCAGUUGUUUUUCGUCCAAUGGAUCUAUUAACGAUUAAAAAAAACAUCGACAAUGGAACGAUAAGGUCCACCUCUCACUUCCAACGGGACGUCAUGCUUAUGUUUCAAAAUGCUAUAAUGUAUAAUAAGCAUGAUACGUUUGUAUAUAAAAUGGCAAUUUCUAUGCAAGAGGAAUGUUUGCAACAUAUGCAGAUUUUAGUACAAGUAACUGGAGAAGGACCAUUUAGAAGAGAAACUAGAACCGCAGCGAGUAGCAGCAGUGAAAUCAGCGAAUCUAGUGUAAAGAGGAAACGAAGCCAUAUUACACCCAGCCCACAUGAUACCGAUAGUCCUCGUACUAAAAAGCGCAGAAAGUCUGAAAAUGAUUAAUAUGAUACUCAUAAAUGUUAGCAAUGAAAGUUGCUUUUUAUAAAUAACUAAUCAGGUAUAAUAUUUGAUUCUGUUCAUUGCAAACAAAAACUGUGAUGUAAUCAAAUUUGUAAUGAGUCUGAGAAUGUACAAAUUGUUAAUAAUAUGUAUUAUCUCUUUAUUUUACUUAGACUUGCUUUAACUAUUAACAGAUACCACUUGUAUCGAGCAGGAAUUAACUGAUUUUAUUUACUUAAUAAGUAACAAAUACAUUAUCUGCACUUCAUAAA